AUGCAUCCUGUACGCGGAGUAGUUCAACCGUAUGCAUGGGGAAUGAUUGGUGCAUCUUCACUAGUCGCUCAACUCGCUUCGAAAUUCGCUUCGGUUAAUUCGACACAACCGUAUGCUGAAUACUGGAUGGGGACUCAUCCGAAAGGCGAAUCAUAUCUGCUCGAUGACAACCAGACAAGUGUCAAAGCUUACCUUCAGCGUGAUUUACCAUUUCUAUUCAAAGUUCUGAGUGUCGAAACAGCUCUGAGCAUUCAAGCACAUCCGAAUAAGGAACAUGCAAAAAUUUUACAUAGACAGAACCCGAAAGAAUAUCCCGAUGAUAACCAUAAACCUGAAAUGGCGAUCGCCUUGACAAAGUUCGAAUGUUUGUGUGCUUUUCGUCCUUACGAAGAGAUCAAACAAUUCAUCGAAAAAUAUGAACAGUUGCAAAUCUUAUGUGGCAAAAAGAAUUGCGAAGAAUUCUCUCAAAGUGUUUCUUCGCAAGCUGAACUUUCAAUUCAAGAAUCUUUGCUAAAGAAAAUUUACGCCAAUCUGAUGCAAUCAUCGCCAACAAUCAUUUCACAGUGUGUCGAUGCUCAUCUACAAGUCGUUGAAUCCGAGACAACGAAUGAUCUUUCGCGUUUGUUCGCACGUUUAAACAAACAGUAUCCCGGUGGUGAUGUCGGUCUUUUUUCGAUUUACUUUUUCAAUUACAUUACUUUGAAUGCUGGUGAAGCGAUUCUUCUCAAAGCAAAUAUUCCUCAUGCUUAUUUACAUGGACAAUGUAUUGAAUGCAUGGCAUGUUCGGAUAACGUUGUACGCGCUGGUUUAACGCCGAAAUUCAAAGAUAUUCCAACGUUGAUUGACAUGCUCGACUAUCAACCAUUAACAAUUCAACAGACGAAAUUUCCUGGACAGAAAAUUUCUGAGAAUAUUACGGAGUUCGAUCCGAGACAGAUCUCAUCUAUCGAUGAUUUCAUCGUUCAAGAAAUUCGAGGUAAAACUGGCUGCAUCAAUGCAAUUGAUCAACCAAGUUUAAUGAUCAUCGUUCACGGACAAGGAGUGAUGAAUGAUGAUAAGGUGCAAUUCAACGAAGCCAGCGUUUUUCUCAUUGAGAAACAAACCGCUGUUGAUUUCAAAUCAGACAGUAAUAUUUUAGCUUAUCGUGCUUAUUCAGUUUUAUAA